GUACAGUUCCAGUCUUACGCGUCAGCUCCUUGCCGAAGGAGAUAUGGCGAGCGUGGCCGAAGUCUUGGGGCGGCCAUACCGCAUCUACUGGCGACAGAGCCGGCGGAGUCCAGAAGGCCUGCAGCUGCUGGAUCCGGCGAAUGCAUUGCCAAAGCCUGGAAAGUACCACGUCUUCGUCCGCGAUGGCUCCAAAGAUGUGCCGGCCGCGGUUCAACUCUCGAGUGCAGAUGGAGCUCUGUC